AUGCCCGUGAUGGCUGACAAGCGCAAAGCAUCCAUGGCUGGGUUUGACUCCGAGCCCAAGCGACCACGUAUAUCCAGAGAGGAUGACAGUGACAGCGGGUCUGCACUGAUGGCUGCAGAGCGGCCGCGCAACAACCCUAUUUUCGGCCAGAAAAGCGCAUUCCCUGGUCUCGACGACGGCGGCGAUGAGCUGACUUACGAUGAGCCAGAUGGUGCUCUGGAGUACCUGCGCAUGGUCCGAUCCGAAGCCAAUGCCCUACCAUCGCUCUUCAUCGCCGCAACCUCCAAACAAGAAACGAACAAGGCGCAAGAGAACACUGUGACGGUAGCUGUCGUCCCUGAGCCGCAGUCACACUCUUUACCGGCAGGGUUUUUCGAGGACGAGGCCUUCAUUGCUCCCGCCGAUGCCAGGAAGACUACGGUCGCUGCCGUUGAAGAUGCAUUUCCAGAAGCACAGAAUAUCUGCUACGAUCUCCUCCGCCAUCGAUUUCGACUUCUCCGAUCAACCUUACGAUGUACACCUCCAGCUGGCGCUAUCGCCGCCCUCGACGACUCCCAUCCUAUCAGUCUUCCUCGCGGCCACGAAGCUGCACGCAAGGUAUGGCGGCGGUUGAUACUUUCGGUGGAUCCACACAUGACUCAACUGGCGUGCAUGGAUUCUCACACUGUACUCGGAGCACUAGGCAUUGUCGCGCGAGAGCUGUCCGACGUCGUUCGUCACCAGAAGGCCGAAAGUAUUCGACGUAUGGGAGCUUGGGUCUGGGGGAUAUCAGGGAAGUGUCGUGAAGUGGGCGAGCUGUCUACGGAGGAUGUGGGAGCCAUUCGCGACCUUGGCAAACGAGCUGCCAAGAUUUGCGAAAAGAUCGGAGAAGAGAACAGCCAGGAAGCUCAGAAUGACUGUGAUUCAGAUGCCGGAGAAGAUGAUAGCUUAGGAGGUACAUCUCCACAGGGAGAAUCUGACCCUGUGAUGACAGAGCAGGCAGAGGUUGUGGAUGCUGGCGACUCUGAAUUGCCCGAUGCUGAGACGGAGUUGGACGAUUUGGAGGCUGCAAAAGCGCGUCUUCAGGCCCAACUACUGGGUGACGAUGACACUCAACUAGCAGGACGAAGUGAUCAAGAUGAGGCAGAUUAUGUGUCGCAGCUAACUCGUGCCAUGCUUGACAUGAUCCUCACCAUUGUCGGCGAAUUCUUUGGACAGCGUGACUUACUGGAGGCACGUCGAACCUGGGCCAGUUGA